GUGCCGUCUUCGUCGUGUCCGGCCGGCGGCGUGACAUCAGCAGAGGUAAGGACCCUUCUCACCAGCAAGCAGCCACAGCUGGUGAAUAGUGGCAGGCCUGCGCUUCCUGCCGAUGGUAAAGAGCCAGCUGGCGAUUAUGUCGCACGAACGGGCAUUCGGGAACACCUCCUUUCCGCUGUUCGUGCUGUGACCCUAGAGCAACCAAAGGAUCCCAUUCCUUUCCUCGCACGCUACUUGCAGGCAUGUGGGCGUGGUGUUCCACGUACCGACGGUUUGCGGCAGGGUGGCAGCGAGGUAGCGCCAGUAGCCGCCGACGACCGGCGCAGUUCAGCCCGCUGCCUCCUGGGCCAAGUCUACGCGCGCGUCUCCAAGAAAUCCGAGGAGGCACAGUCUAUGGGCUCGCGACUCUAUGUCUUGCGCUUGGUGGAAAGCGUGUGCCGGAGGGCCACACCAGAUGCCAGACUGGAACAGAAAGCUCACGUUGAUGCCCAGCUCCUUGCAGAUGAGUCGCCACAGCAGCUGACAGAAAUCCGCCGUGACACGGUGAGCUCGAUGAUGGAACGAGCUGUGGCCGAGGUCGCCCCGGAUUUUUGUGGCGCCACGCCUGCCGCCUCCAUCGUGGCCACCGAGGCAUCCUUUGGCGAGAGGGGCUGCUCUCCUCUUGGUUGGCCGGCCAAUUCUACCUCCUCCCGGGACGUGCAGGACGGUCCGCCCCCCGUCGUGUUCCGUGCAGCUGUUGCCGGCGGUUACCAGCAGAAGGAGGAGGCUUUCAUGCGUGCUGGCCAGUCCCCUUCCACAGGCUAUGAUGCACUCCGCAGUGCUGUACAGCAUGGGCAAAAGGAAGUCGUUUCCCUGCUCCUGGCUUCAAAGGCACAGCCGGACAGUUCGUCCUUGACGACGGCUGCACGCUUCGGCCAUUUUGAGGUUGUGCAGCAACUGCUGCAGUCUGGAGUGAGCCCAGAUGCCCCAGAUGCUGGCUUCUCUGCCCUGCACGACGCGGCUUUUGAAGGACAUGGCUCCGUGGUCGCUGUUUUACUGGCUGCCCGCGCCGAGGUUGACAUUGCCGCCGCAGAUGGCGCCACGCCGCUGCAUUUGGCCGCAAUCGCAGGCCACGACCACAUCGUCGCGCUUCUCGUUGAGGCUGAUGCCGACACGGUGCGUACCGCUGGGCCACAGCAGGCGACUGCACUUCAUUUGGCGGCCAGCCGCGGUCAUGUGUCGGUUCUCCGGGCUUUGCGUCAACAGAAGGUGCAAGGUCCUUUUUCUUGGUGGCCUUCGCUCCUGGUUAAGGGUCCGAACCAUGGAUGGGCAAAAGGCUACCGAGACACCUUGUCAGAACAACGACGUCCUCAAAGAGGACUACGAACUACAUCACCCUGA